UCUGUGUAUGUUCUCCCAUUCUAUACGAGUGUAUAUGCUUUCCAAAGUUUCCCUCUCGUUGGUACUCCAAAACAUUCUGCUCCGAAAUACGCGAUAAACAAUAGUAAAAUGAAGCUGUGGUCUCUAGCUCUUCUGCUAGCAACGUUUUUCUCGAUUGGCAACGCCCUAGAAUGCCACGUUUGUACAAACCAAGAGGGAAAUGUGGCAAAGUGUUUAAACACUGUUAUGACGUGCGAACAGGGAGAAGACACCUGUUUAACAAUCAUAAGAUGGGGCAGUACACCUUACUGGGUUCCAGAAGCGAAGAAACAAAAAUAUGUAUCAAAACGUUGUUCAUCAAAAAAAGAAUGUGAAAAAAUUAGAAGAAAUAACAUGCCUGAUUGUUCACACGUUGGGUAUCUAGAUUGGCAGUGUUCUGAUUGCUGUCAAGGAGACAAAUGCAACUAUUACAUUAUUUCUGGCUCAAGCAAAAUUGGUGUGAUUAUGAGUACUAACAGACAAGUGUCCGAGAGCUUCAUAAAAAAGAAUGCAACGAUUGAUUGGUGCAUAUGUCAAGGAGGCAGAGAAGAAAGCAACACCGAGGAGGAGGAGGAGUAUACAGACAAAUAA